GGCGGGUCGGCGCCGCCUCGGGACUGCGCGCGGGGCCGGGCCGCGCCGUGCUUUCCAGGCCGUUCUGCAGCCUACAUUUCUUUCUUUCUUUUUUUUUUUCUUCCGAUUUUGAACAUUUUGCAAGACGAAGGGUUCCAGGCAGGUGACAGCAUCUUGCGGUUGCCCAGGACCCUGCAGGCACUUCGCGCGCUCUCCUGGGACCCUGUGCACCGGGAAGCCGAAAGUUGCUUCCGGUUUUUUUAAUAUUUUGUAUGCAGAUGUAUUUAGAAAGAUAAAAGUAAGAAAGAAAUUUUUUUUCCUUCCCUUGUCUGCACCGCUUGGAAAGCGAGUACUUUUGGCAAAGGACGGAGGAAGAGCUCUGCAACAUUUCUGGGACCGGUUAGCUUUCUUGAAAAAAAAAAAUUGAGUGCAUCGCGAUGGAGAAAAUGUCCCGACAGCUCCCCCUGAACCCCACGUUUAUCCCGCCUCCCUACGGCGUGCUCAGGUCUCUGCUGGAAAACCCGCUGAAGCUCCCCCUCCACCAGGACGACGCAUUUAGCAAGGACAAAGACAAGGAGAAGAAGCUGGAUGAUGAGAGCAACAGCCCGACGGUCCCCCAGUCGGCCUUCUUGGGGCCCACCUUAUGGGACAAAACCCUUCCCUAUGACGGAGAUACUUUCCAAUUGGAGUACAUGGACCUGGAGGAAUUCCUGUCUGAAAACGGCAUCCCCCCCAGCCCAUCUCAGCACGACCACAGCCCGCACCCGCCUGGCCUGCAGCCGGCCGCCUCCACGGCCCCCUCGGUCAUGGACCUCAGCAGCCGGGCCUCAGCACCCCUUCACCCCGGCAUCCCGUCUCCAAACUGCAUGCAGAGCCCCAUCAGACCAGGUCAGCUGUUGCCAGCAAACCGCAAUACCCCAAGCCCCAUCGAUCCUGACACCAUCCAGGUCCCCGUGGGUUAUGAGCCCGAUCCGGCAGAUCUCGCCCUCUCGAGCAUCCCAGGCCAGGAGAUGUUUGACCCUCGCAAACGCAAGUUCUCUGAGGAAGAACUGAAGCCACAGCCUAUGAUUAAGAAAGCUCGCAAAGUCUUCAUUCCUGAUGAUCUGAAGCAGGAUGACAAGUACUGGGCGAGGCGCAGAAAGAACAACAUGGCAGCGAAGCGAUCCCGCGACGCCCGCAGGCUGAAGGAGAACCAGAUUGCCAUCAGGGCCUCGUUCCUGGAGAAGGAGAACUCAGCCCUCCGCCAGGAGGUGGCUGACUUGAGGAAGGAGCUGGGCAAGUGCAAGAACAUAUUGGCCAAGUACGAGGCCAGGCACGGGCCGCUGUAGGCCCCGCCGUGCUGGGCUGGCCUCGGAUGGACGGAGGGCGGACGGCUCGUUUCCUGCGUGACAGCACCGCACCCAGACCGACCUUUCUGACAUCCGCACUUUACCAGAGGCAUAAACACAACUGACCCCCAUUUCGGUGUGCAUCUGUGUGCCUGUGUGUGUGUGUGUGCGUGUUUGAGAGAAGAGAGUGUGUGCGCGCGCACGCAUGUGCAUACAUGUGCUUGUGUUCAUGCGGUCCGCGGUGUGCGCGCACGCAUGUGUGGAUGCGUGCGUGGCCCUUUGCACUUGCCAUGUUGUGGUAGCCCUCUCAUCGUCUUUUAGUCCCCCCAAAAGAAAGGUGCCAUGUUUUUACUAGACUCUGGGGACCCCCGUGGGUCGCCGCCCCCUCCCUGCGCGGCCCUGCCCUUGCGUUGUCCAGCUCCCCUGCUUGUCUGGGCGCUGCUGGGCGUCACUAGGCCCUGGGAAAACAGUGGUUCGCAGUCCUCGAGAGUGCAAGCUCUUGUUUCUGUUUAAUCCAUACGUUACCAUGCUAAUGAGGUGCGCAGAAUAACUUAGCACUACACCGCAGGUCUGUUCCUUUAUAGGUUGCUUUCCUCCUUUUCAGUUUUGGUGAUAAUUGUCUUCAAAUUAAAGUGCUGUUUAGAUUUAUUGGAUCCCAUAUUUACUUCCUGCAGCUUACUAAGUUUCCUUUGAAUUCCACCAACCCCCGAUAAGUACGAGUACUAUUCUAGAACACAGAGUGUGUUUUUGCACUGUCCGUACCUAAAGCAAUAAUCCUAUUGUACGCUAGAGCAUGCUGCCUGAGUAUUACUAGUGGACGUAGGAUGUCUUUCCCUACCUAAGAAUCUCACUGUCUUUUAAAACACAAAAUUAAAGUAAUGCAUUUGCGCAUGAGCAGAAUAUCCCCAGGACAGGGAAGCAGAGGGCAACGAGAGGUCUAAGACUAAGGGGCUAAUUUAUCAGUACAUGAGCCAAAAAAAAAAAGAAAAAAAAAAAAUAGUGUCUUGGAGUAGCCUUUGAUCUGUUUGGUUCUGUUGUCACCCUCUCCCACACCGACCCCACUCCAGUUUUUCUAGUUGACUUUUUGCAUAUUCCUCUUAAUAUUAAAAAAUGACUUAAGAUUCAGUUUCCCCAUUUUUUGGUAAUAUAUAUAUUUUUGUGAAUUAUACUUGGCUGUUUAAAAGAAAAAAAAAUCAGUUAAGUUCCUAAGUUGGUGUUUUCUACUACCCUUUCUCCCCGUGGUGUUAUUUUUGAAUGCCUCAUCAAUUAAUGAUUCUGGAGCUUACGUCUCUUCUUCUCUGUUUGCUUUUGGACGUGUGUGCUCUUAUAAAGUGGACUUCUGAAAAAUGAAUGUAAAAGACACUGGUGUAUCUCAGAGAGGAUGGUGUUGUCACGGACUGUGGUUGAUCCCAUCGAUUUAAAUGUUUACUACAGACCAAAAGGAGAGAUUGUUAAAUUGUUUAAUGUUUAUACAGAAUAAUUAUAGGAAGUUCUUUUUGUACAGUAUUUUUCAGAUAUAAAUACUGACAAUGUAUUUUGGAAGACAUAUAUUAUAUAUAGAAAAGAGAAAAAGGAAAAACUAUUCCAUGUUUUAAAAUUAUAUAGCAAAGAUAUAUAUUCACCAAUGUUGUAUAGAGAAGCAGCGCUUGGGGGUUUUUGAAGUCUUUAAUAUUUUAAGGCUAUUACUGACACAUCAGCAUGUUUUCUGCUUUAAAUUAAAAUUUUAUGACAGUGUCGAGGCUUGCUGUGGCGACUCCUGCUCCAGCACGUUCUUAUUUCUUACUAGGUCUCAGAAAGAAGUCAGUUAACAUCACCCAAAAGCACAAAAUGGAUUUUAGUCAAAUAUUUAUUGGAUGAUGCCGUGUUUUUUUCGAAAGAGCAUCUGCCACAAAAAUGUUCACUUCAGAAUUCCGAGUUUCUGGGUUGGGGCAUAUUGCUGCCGGCACCCCGAAGGAUGCUGUCCUUCUCUUGGGGCCUGCGCAUCUGUCUCAUGCCGUACAAGGCUGACAUCGGUGCUAUGUGUAUGGCUUAUGAUUUGAUAGAUGUUUUGACUUUCAAGGUGAAUGUUCUUUUGUUUCACUGAGUUGUAUAAUGUCAUGAGAUCCUGCUGUUACUGCCAACAAGCGUUUUGUGCCAGAUUAAAAUCCCCUCUCAUCAAUGGGAGUUUCCUAGUUUCCUGCCUCCGAAGUAUAAAAUUCUUUAAUGAUGUGAUGAGUCUCCUUGCCAAUUCAUCAGCAAUGUUCCUCUGUAUUGUCAUGGUUUCAGGAAAGGUGACCAGGGGGAUAUUCCUCCAAGCUCCUCCUUUGUUGUACAAUGCAAAUUAUGGCACAAGGGGAGGGAAUACUGGAAUUGAAGUACAUCAUUCAGGGACAUAACUAAUACGCAUCAACAAAAUCUUUGGCAAUCUCACGUAGAACUGAACGAAAGCUAUUCAGUGAGUGUCAUACGUAGUCAUAGAGCUGGCCUUGGUCCAGAGGAAGAGGCCACCUGUGAGCUUGUAAGAUGGCAGUAGUCAGGACACAAACACUGAUUAUAUAUCUUUAAGCGGAGAGACAUUGAAGGGUUAUAAUGCUGACCAUGUGGAUUAUGGAGUUAUCAAAUAGUAGUGGAAAAACAAACACUUUUGAGCACUGAUCUUUUGUGCAAUUAGGUUGUUUCUAUCAAAUAAACAUCACAAAUGUUUUCUACAGAAGAAUUAAAAAGAUCAUGAUAAAACAUUACUUUGUGUGCCAGGAAAGGUUUUAAAAACCUACCUCGUUUUAAAAAAAAAAAAUUAAACACAGAGUCCAUACAGGUGCCUUAUAUGUAGGUCAUUGUAAACACACACACACAUACACACACACACAAACACGUACACAUACACACUCCUGGACUAGCUGACCGGGGUAGGAAGCUUGGUCUGAUUUGUAGUGAUGUGGGUCCUGAGGUCAGUGUAUGUCUGCAGACUGCAACUAUUAACACGAGUCCGUGUCGUAUCACGCCAACAUUGUUUAGACAGUCUGAAGUGAGCAGCAUAGGACUUCUAGAUAAGGUCAUGUCAUCCUAACUUUGAAAAGAAGGACAAAAAAUGAGCCUCUUUCUGCUUAAGCUACGUUGGGGCAAGGGUGGGAGGCUGACUGAGGGGAGGCUGCGAACAUUCCCAUCCUCUUUAGAACCUAGCUAGCCACUUGGGAUCAUGCAGAAGCACGCUGAGCAAGACUGUGACCAGACUUGGCCUCUGCGCACAUCAGGUCUCCGUGGAAUCUCCCCUCAAAGCAGAAGGAUGGCUUAUUUAAAGAGAGCACGGCUGGGAUACUGGCAUUCGCAGAAGUCAUGCAAGAUUCCCCAGAGGUUGCUUCUGUUGCACUGAUUUUGUGUGGGAACUCACAGGGGUUCCGAGUGUCCCUUCGGAAGGUCUGUUGUCUGGUUUCAGAAGCGUCAACAAAACCCAGACUUACUGUAAAAUGGAGAGGCAGUCUUUGGUUUUCCUAGUAGUUCAUCUAAUUUUCCCUUUAAGAGACACUCACUGUAUCCUACUUAACUCAUGAGAUCCCACAGCACUUGGCCUGCUUGGCUGUGCGGCCCUGGAGCCCUGGACUCAACACCAGGAUCACGUGCAGCUGGCUGGAGUGAGGUGUUAGGCCCUCCCAGUGGUGGGCACCUCUGCUCCCAGUGUGUCCUCUUUCUGAGGAAGUCUCCUAGGUUCCCUCACAGACAAGGCCAAAUUCUUUAGGUGUUUUCCAAAAGUAAAAUCAUUCCAAAAUGGGCAAAACUUUGUCCUAGGUUUCGAGGAAUUCAACUUAGCAACUUACUUGAUUGCAUUUUUUCAGGAGAUACAUAUAUCCAGGGGAGCAUGUGUGUAUGUGUGUGCAUGUGUGUACGAAAGUUUGAAGACAUCAAAUAUCAAAUUUUUGAGCACCUUACCCAACAGUAACCCAUCAUCCUUUGGCAACACCACCAAGAUUGCAUCUGUUAAACAGGUACAAGAUAAUAUAAGGUUAGUUUGAUUUGUACACCAUAAUACUGGUGGUAUUUAUGCUGUUAAGUUCAAAUCUUUGUCUGUUGUUCUUAAUGUUUAAUAAACUUUGGAUUUUUUCCUUUC